GCAGUCAAAAACGCUAUAACAUCCAUUUUUACCAAUAUCUGUUAAUCUCUGCUUAAUGUUCUUUAUUUUUAGCAAUAAAAAUAAAGAGCAAGUUAAACUGAGAUUAAAGUUACAUCGGACAUAAAGGCCGAAAGUUCCAAAAUUUAUUGUGAAUCCUGAUGAUAUAUAGAAUACGUCACGUGAAUUAUAGAUUUUCAGUAUUGAAUUUUGAAGCAGUGAAUUUUCGAGCACAGACGAAACGUCUCACGUUGCGCCAACGCUGGACUCGUCACGUGAUCGUAUAGAUGCGCGUGCGCAGAUUUCAUUCCUCCAUCUGCCAUCAUUGGAUGGCUUCACGACGCGACAACAGCGGCACGUGUGUGUCAUGGCGAGUGCUGUUGUUAGAAACGCCGCGAACUGAGUGCUUCGCGUCGCCUAAUCGUCGAGUCCCUGACACGAAGAGUUGACUUAAAAGCACCACGAUGAAGGAGGAUUCUGUGCUGAGUUUUAGGUGGCAGAGCUUCCCGUCGCACAUGGUGGGCUCGCUCGACACCUGUUACGAGAAACAGCAGUUCGUCGACGUUUCUCUGGUGUGUAAGGAUAAUACGAUUCUCAAAUGUCACAAAAUGGUACUAGCCAACACAAGCUCGUUUUUUCGCCGAUUGCUCCUCGCCUACGACCAUCCGCACCCGAUGAUCGUCCUCCACGACGUCGAGGCGGACGAUCUCAAGACCCUCGUGAACUUCAUGUAUUGCGGCGAGAUACAGGUAGUCCAGAGUGAGGUUAGAAGAUUGCUGAAGCUUGCCGACGUUCUCGAGGUCUCCGGGCUACGACAGAUUCCGCCCUCGUUGCUCUCUGGGGAGGGCUCCAACAACACCAUGAAAGAACACUGCGACGCAUCCAAAAGAACCACCACGGUAUCGCGAUUGAGGCUGGAGGAAGCCAGGAGUUCAUCAGGUAGAAACAUUGAACACGAAGCAGCCGCGAAACAGAGCAAACCGACCGUGCACGGCCUACAGACCAAAUUCAUUCCGAAAAUAAAUCCUUACAAAACGACAGCCAAAGUUCCUCAGGAUACACCGAAGAACGAAGAGAUUAACAUAAGCGAAUUAUGUCAACGGCUAGAGACCAGCAAUUCCGGUAUCAGUAUUAUAGACAUUAACGAGCCAAGUACAAGCAGAGGAUUACGAAGGACAUCUCCCGUACGACGAAAGAGAAAGGAAUUUCAACCGAGUCCCGAGAUUAGUUGGCCAAGUAUAUUAUCCUCGAUAACAAGUAAGCCGUUAUCCUUUAAGAAAAUGCGUUGUAUUAUGGAUGAGGUAGAGAUCACAGCGGGGAAGUCAGUCCCUUCUGUACCAGAUAAUAGAACAAAUGAGCCAUUGGACAGACGAAAAAUUAAAGAUCCCAGCGAAGAUAAUGGUUUAAACAUGGUUUACAUAAAGGAUGAAGUUGAAAUACCUUCUGAUGUAGAAGAAGAUGUUGACAUGGACCCAUUGGAAGUUGACGACGCGGAUAAUGAAAAUUCGGGAAGCAGCAAAACCUCCACGCCACAAUUGUUUUCUCAGAUAGUAAUGCAUCCUAUAAAUAAGAACGCUCAUCCUCAUACAGAAUUCCCUGCCAGAAAGGAUCCGAGUAGUUAAUGUGUGUGUGACCAUUCUAAAAUUUUAUAAACUGGUAAAAGAAACUAUGCGAAAUCUCACUGCAUGUUUCUCUCUAUAUACGAUACACUUUGAUCACUUUGAUACACGUACAUUCAAACUCUCAAAUUAAUACUUUCCUCGACAUUUGUGUUACGUGAUCUUACUGUUUUCAUAAUAAAGCUAUGCAACUU